AUGAAUUAAAUUUACUAAGACACUGAAGAGCCAAGUUCAAAAUUGAAUUAAUUAAUAUUAACUGAUGAACCUAUUGGUGAAAUUCAUGAUUUUAUCAAUUAUUCUUUAUCAGAAGCUAACUUCUCUAUACAAGAUUCAAAAAGAAAUACUAAUAACAAAUAGAACAAUUAAAAUUCUAAUUAAAUAACUCAUGAAGUUAAAAGAGUUUAGUUCGAUUCAAAACUUAAUAGUCCCUCUACUCUAUUUUUAGUUAAUAAAAAGACUACUAAAUUCUCUGAACAUUCUCAACAAUUACAUCAAUAAUAACAAAUAUUUAGUGUUAUUCAAUUUUGUUUCAUAAAAAGGUUUAUUAAUCGAAUAAGUUGGAAAAAGAAAAUAAAUGCUUAAUUUAAUUUCUAUUAAUACAAUAUCCUCAAAGAUUUAGGUUCCUCAUUUAAUCUAAAACUAUUUAGAGAUAGUGCCCUUAAUCUUAAACCCAUGAUUAGUCAAUUUAGCAAUUCCAAUGAUAAUCUAAAUUAAACUCUCAAAAAGAAGUAAUACUUAUGAUAAGUUCUAGGAUUUUCACAUAAAAAUUAUCAAAACAUUAUUCAGAUUUAAAAAAUUGCACUAAUAAUUUAUAUAAAAAAAUAGAGUUAGAAUUAGAGAAAAUACCAUUAAUCACACCAGAAUCACGAUCAAAGAUAGUUUGGGAUUGUGUAAUCAUGAUGAGUAGACUAUAUUUUCUAUUUAUUAUACCUUUGGAUCUAGCUUGGAAUCAUUAGUAAAUCAUAUAUGGUCAAUUAUAUGCAUCAACCAUCUUUAUGAUUCUACUCUUAGUUUUAGAUUUCAUAUUAAGCUUUAACAAUUCAUUCUACUAGUUUGGAUAAAUAGUUAGUAACAGAGUCACCAUUGCUAAAAAUGUUAUAAGCAAAAGCUAUGGCUUAGAAUCUAUUUCUAUACUUAUUUUAGUUAUUUAUGCUAUUAUUUUUAAUUCUAAUAAUCAAAGUUUAAAUCUAAUGAAUAAUUGGUGGGAUCUAAUUAUGUUAUUGUUUUUUGUACAAUGCAGAAAUAUUCCAAAAUUAAUUAGUUAAAUUGAAGAAACUUUAAAUUUAUCCAAACCCAGUAGUUCAUUAUUAGAAUUAUUCAAAUUGCUUUUAGUUUUAUUCUUUGUUCUACAUUGUUAUUCAUGUCUUUGGUACUUUGUAAUUUAUAAUAUUAAUAACUUAAUUAGGUUGGUUAUUAUAGUUAAUUGUAUUCAGAGAAGGGAAGCUGGUUAGAAUUUUAUCACAUUGAAAAUGAAACCUGGCAAAUUUAAUAUUUGUAUUCCUUUUAUUUCUCUACUGUCACUAUGUUUACAAUUGGUUAUGGAGAUGUUGUACCAAUAAGUUAUUUAGAAAGAAUUGUUGCUAUCCUUUAUAUGAUGAUUUGUAGUAUUUAACUUAGUUAUAGUGUCAGCACUGUAGGAGCAAUUAUCGAUACAAUAUCUGCUUAUGGAUAAGAAAAAAUGCGCAAAAUGAGGAAGAUUAAUACAUAUAUGUAAAAUAGAAAAAUUGAAUAUCAAUUAUAAUAUUAAAUUAGAGAAUACUUAAAUUACUAUUGGGAAUCAUAAAAUCAAGUAGAAAAUGAUGAAUUAAAUGAGAUAAUUAAUUAGUUAUCAGAAAAUCUAAGAGAAAAAUUAAUGAAUCAAUCAAAUUCUAUGAUUUUAAAUGAAUGUCCUUUAUUUAAAAAUAAUUUCAGUGAUGCUUUAAAAUCAAAAUUAGUUCAUAAAAUUAAGCCUGCAGUUAUAUAACCAGAGAACAUAAUCAAUUUUGACUCAAUUUUCCCUUAAUUACCUGUUGGCUAAUUAUUUGUUUGUUUUGUUGAAUUUGGAGAUAUUUAGAUAUUCAUUUAAAAUGAUUAAAAUGAUUCAAUCUUAGAAAAUCCAUAGAUUGCAGAGGUUAGUAAAGUUGGAAAAGGCUCAAGCCUAGGUAUUAUUAGUUUUAUAAGUGGGAAAUAAUCAUAAGAAAGAUUUAGAAGUAUAGGAUUUUCUAAAUUAUUGAUGCUUUCUCGAGAUGACUUUUUAAAAGUUAUUUAAGAUUUUCCAGAAGAUUAUGAAAGAUUUAGGAAUCUUUAUGAUAGUGUUUAAUUUGAUGAUGUAAGUGCUUUAUACAUGAAAUGUUUUAGUUGCAAUUCAAAUUAUCAUAGAGUUCUUUAAUGUCCAUUAUUACAUUAUAUUCCAGAUAGAGAAUUAAUAAUCAAAAGAUACUAAUUUAGUAUGAAUUAAACAAGAAAUAAACAUUUUCUUAGAAAUCCAUUUAGAUAAAGAGGGUACUUUGCAGCUCGAUUUGAUCAAGAAGUUAUAGAAUAAGAAGCAAAAUCAUUUAAUAAUAAUAAUUGGAAAUGGGCUGAAUUUUAUGAAGAACCUGAUGAUGAAAUACUUAAAAAAAGUGAUAUUUAAAUUAAUUAAGGUCACCUUGAAUAAAGUAGUUCUAAUCUACAAAUAUUAACCUAACCUAAUUUAUAAUAAAUAUCGAAUCCAAAUUCAUUCUUUCAUGAUUAAUCCCCUAAAUUAAAUUUAGAACCUCCAAUUACAAAAAAGAAAGCAACUUUAUUUCAAUAGAGAACAAAAACAAUUGAAUUAAUGGAUAUUGAUGAUAAAUCUUUAAAGGCAUCUUUAAUAAGUAAAGCCAGAAAUUAAAAUAUCUUCAAUAAUCUGAUGAUCAUUCAAGAGGAAGAUUAAAAGCAACGUUCUUCUUAAUUUUAAUUGAAAAAAAUAAGACCUUCAGUAACUGUUGAAUUAAAUCUAUAGAGAGUUAAAGAAAAUAUUUAAAGAAUGAAAAAAGUUGUUAAAGCAAUCACAAAUAUGAAUAGAAUUAAAAAAAAGUAAAAACAAAAAAAAGAGACUAAAUAAAUUGUUAAUUUAUUUGUUGAAAUUAAUUAAACUUAAAUAUUUAUUAAAGGAGUUUUAAACAAAGUUAGAAUUCGAUUAAAAUAGAUUUAGGAUGGUAAAAAGUAAAUCUUAUCUGAAAAAGAUAUUACAGAUACUGUGCUAUUAGAAAUUAAAUUAAAAAUGUAAAUCAAUCUAUUAAACGAAUUCUAAAAAAAAGAUUAAUAAUUUGUAAUGGAAUCUUAUAAAAAGUUUAAACAUUACCAAAUUCAAAAUAACUUAGAUUCGAUAAUAGAAAGAAUGUAUUUUUAUAAGUAGCAGCACUAAUUAAAUAAUUAAAUUAAAGAAUGCUAAUCAUAAUUAUUGAAAUAUAUGAUUUAUCCAGAGAUUUUCUUUGAAAAGUAUAGAUAUUAAUAGAUCAUCAUUCCAAAAUUUAAUAACUCAGAAUGUAGAAGAGAUUCAAUAGGAGACUCUGAACAUACUUUAAGAAGAAGCAGGAUACUAAAAAAAAGCUUCAGAAAUGUUAAAUCAACACAAGUAAGACCUGCAUCAGAAGGCACAGGUAAAAUCUAAUUUUGA